CUAAGUUUUGAAAGAAAGCAUCAUACCUCAAUCAGGCUUUAGGAUUCGACAAGUUGUCCCUUUGGCGCUUUACCUGCCGGAACCCGCAGCGGAGGCCAUCCUUGGCUGCAGCACACUAGAAGACCUUUCAUCUGAACUACCUCUAGCUUGCAGAGAGUCCAGGGCUUGAAACGAAAAGGCCGACCCAUGAGCGCCGGACCUAGAGAGCAGGAACUCUUGUCAGAGUUCCAAAACAAACGGGAGCGGAUCCAAAUCACAUGGGGAAAAAUAACGGAGCUGGCGGCGGAGGUGACGGAGCAUAAGCUCGUGUUGGAGGCGCUGGAGAAGGUGGACAAGGACAGGAAAUGCUUCAGGCUGGUGGGCGACAUGCUAGUGGAGCGCACGGUUAAGGAGACCAUGCCUGCCGUGGCAAAGAACAAGGAGAACCUGGAGGCCACAAUAAACACAUUGAAGCAGCAGCUCGACGCACAGAAAAAGGACCUGAACGAGUUUCAGACCAAGCACAAAAUUCGGAUUCGAACGGAGAGCGAAGUGGCUGCCGAGGAGGCGGCCAAGCCCAAGGAGGGCAGCAAGCCGGGCGCGGCGCAGGGUGUCUUGGUCUCCAAGUCGUAGGGUGCCAUGCUGCAUCGGUUGGUCACGCGGUUUCGGGGCAGCCAGCAGCUCGACAACGCCCCGGUAACAGUAUCCCAAAAGUGACAACGCUGCUCCGCUCUCCGGGAUGUUCUGAGCGUGGUGAAGUUGAGAAGCAUGUCAGGAUGAACGGGCCACUUAACAGACCAUCCAGGCAGGUGGCUGGCAGAUGUUAAGGCCUGACUUCUGCUCCCGGAGUGUCCGGGUUCAAAUCCGCCUGCCGACCUCUCGGGUGUUGAGGGGAGAUGAAAUGGGAGGUGGCCCCCCAUCUUGUGGACGGUGUAGGACGUGAUAAGAUCAACUUGCGAGCUGACCAGGAACUAAGUUGAGGCGCCGUUGAUCCGCUAGAUUUGGUUGGAUGCUGGUGGUGAGUUGCCGAACCCAAAGAGUACACUCUGAAGUCGGAUGGGGUGAAUGGAUUAGGGUGCCUCUCUAGCAGGGGAGAGCAGGGAAUUGCCUCGGGAAGGAGGCCACUGGUGAAGCUUAACCACCCUGUAACAACAACAGAACAAC